GCGAGGACCCAGGUGGUGGUGGUCGGAGCCACCUUCCCCGUGGGGCUCAGCCAGAUGCUGGGGAAGUUCACCGACGUGGGCCGGUUUGUCACCCUCACCACCCAGAGCCUGCACCGCCUGCCACCCCACGUCCUGCAGAAGUUUGUCCGCCUCAAAGGCCGGGACAAGCUGCCAGAACUGCUGCACCUACUCAAGGACCACCCAGCGUCCAGCGGGGCUGUUCUCAUCUUCUGUAACAGUGCCAGCACUGUCAACUGGCUGGGCUAUAUCCUGGAUGACCACAAAAUCAAGCACCUGAGGUUGCAGGGACAGAUGUCAGCAGCUGCUAGAGCUGGCAUCUUCACCUCCUUCCAGAAGGGUGACGUGCCUGUCCUUGUCUGCACUGACCUUGCCUCGCGGGGGCUGGACACCAGCAGUGUGCAGCUAGUGGUCAACUAUGACUUCCCAGACACCCUGCAGGACUACUUGCACCGUGUGGGACGAGUUGGACGGGUUGGAAGCAAGGCACCUGGAGCUGUGGUUAGUUUUGUCACCCAUCAGUGGGAUGUGGACCUGGUGCGGAAAAUAGAGACUGCAGCCCGGAAAAGGACAGGUCUCCCAGGCAUGGACUCCUCUAUUAAUAUGCCUCCACCUAAAGGAGGCUGA